GUUGCCGUACAUUCCGUACCCCCCGCCCCCAAUGCAAGUCAAAGUCCGCUCGCUCUCAUCCAUUGGCCACGAACUCAAGAAGCUGGGCUAUGGAGAGCGAUCUGCGUUGGUGCUCUGGUAGCAGCAACAACGACUGGGACCUACACGCCGUGGUGCGCUUCGCAAGCUGCAGUGGUGGCAGCUGUGUCCCCUCGCCGCGGGCCUCGGACGAAUCAUUCUCCUGCCUGCCCCUGCCGCCGCCGCCACCACAGAAGGACGAUGUGACGGACGCCACUACUGCGUUGUCGCAGCAGCUCCCGAUCGGCCCUGCCAUCGACGAUUCCUGCCUGCAGCAGGCCUUCUUCGCCACGCCGCAGUCAAGAAACGAAGCGCCGGCGCCGCCCCUGCAGCCGCCGGCCAAGCUACGAAUUGGCGGAGCGACACGAUCAAAGAGAAAAAAGAAGAGCAAGAAGGAGGUGAAGCGCGUGCCGGUGGUGGGCGCGUCUCCUGACCCCUGGGCGUGGCGCAAGUACGGGCAGAAGCCGAUCAAGGGGUCGCCGUACCCGCGCGGCUACUACCGGUGCAGCACCGACAAGGACUGCAGGGCGCGGAAGCAGGUGGAGCGCUGCCGGACCGACCCCUCCACCGUUAUCGUCAGCUACACUGGCGAGCACAGCCACCCAGUACCACUGCAUCGCAACGCCCUCGCUGGCACCACGCGCAACAAGCCGCAGCCAGCGUCGUCCAUCUGCAACUCCCCAGCAGAGCAGCCUCCAGCUGCGUCGCCAAUAGGAGAUGACUUAGGGGCGGCUCCGGCGGCCAUCAACGUCGUCACUGACGAGAAGUGCCCUUUCUCUCAAGCCUAACGCCAAUAGGAGAUGCUGUUAGUCUUGACAUAUUGCGGCAGCAGGAUGCACAAUCAUGAUCGACUCUCGUCUCGUCAUCAACGGAACUGUGAUUUUUUUUUUAGUAGCGGCGUAGGUGUAGACGCUCGCGUAGUUAAGUGCGGAUUAGCUAGUUUAUGUUGAGUACUUGUAUAAUAAUUAUAUAGUAAUCAACCUAAAAACUAUUGAUUUUA